UCUUCGGCAAUAAAGCAAGAGUCGUCGCUAACUUACAAAAUGAGAUUAAACUAUAAAUAUAGAGUCGUCGCUAACUUACAGUCUAUAUCAUUGAUCUGUUAGAAGAACAUAUAAUCAAUCAAAAUCCAUUUUGGUUGCUAUGAAGAUUUUGAUCUCAUUUCUCCUCCUUCUAUGCUGCAUCUCUACUUGUUUCUCUUCUCCUCCUGUUUCCAUUAAUUCAGAACCUUCAUUCGGCCGGAACCUUCUUCAGGCUAAGAAAGCUUGCCCUAUAAGCUUUGAGAUCAUGAACUACACGAUCAUCACAAGCCGUUGCAAAGCACCACAAUACCCUCCUACACCUUGUUGUGACGCUUUUAAAGAAUUUGCUUGCCCAUACGCUGCUGACUUAAACGAUUUGUCAAACGACUGUUCAUCAAAAAUGUUCGGCUACAUCAAUACCUAUGGUAACUAUUCAGAAGGGCUCUUUGCUAACUUGUGUCGGGAUGACAAAAUCGGUCUGAUCUGCCCUGCUUCACCACCCACCAAUGUUAUCGGGGCUGAUUCUAACAACAGCCCCAACAUCCACGGUUCGUCAUUAUUGAUGUUAACCGUUGGGUUCCUUAUCUUGUUCAUGUUGAUUUAGCGGGUCAUGCUCGUUUCUCCAUAGUUUCCAAGUAUGUUCGAGUUUUUUGAUGUUAUAUCAUCAACCAAAUGUAUCAAUUAGCCACUUGAUGAAAUUAUAUGUGUGUAAUCACUGCUUAUUAGUUAUUAGUAUACAGUAAAAACAAUAUAUUUACAACAAA